ACGAGGGGAAAAAAAAGUAUUAUAAUUUAUUUUUUUUAAAAUAUACCAUUAUACUAUUCAAAAAUAAAAUAUCUAAUGGAAACUUUGGCCUUGGCAUAAAUUAACAUAUAUAACAAAUGAAAAUUAUGUUGGGCUCAUAUUAUUGAUGGUACUAGUAUUGAGAAUAUCCAACUAACAUUAAUAUUUCAUUAAACAUAGAAUUGCAGAGUGGAGUGGUACCAGCAUAUAUCCCGGUAAAAACAAAAGGAAUUAACGGCAUUUGUGAUCUGGUGGCUUUUUCAAUUCACCUUAGUUUACAUGUAAUACUAUUUAUUUAUAUACAUUUUUGACAUAAUUUAAUACUGUUUUCAAUUCUUUAUAUAUUCUAUUCAUUGUAGAUGUGUUAAGCCAAAUAAAAGAUGUGGGCCGUGCGAAAAAAAUAAUAAUCAUUAUCACGAUGAUUGAGACUGCCCUAAGCCUAAUCACAGAGGGCCAAGGCUGCGCGGCAUUUUGGACCCGGGUAUCAGUAUCAGAAGUGAGAGUUUGACAGUUUGAAUUUAUGAAAAGGCUACGGCUAUUGGGACCCGGUAUCAGAAGUGAAAGGUUGGGGUUAUGGUAAAUGUAAAGGACAAAUGCCACGAUUUUAUCAAUGGCCGCGACUAAUGCCCAAAGUCCUAAGCCUAAAUCGAUCCCUAUGCUUAACCUGAACCCUAGUAAAUCGAUCCCUAUGCUAGCCACGUCGAUGAGAUCGGGGAAUUGCCGAAAACCGGGUAUCGUGAUUUCGUUAUCAAAAUGGCGACUUCCACUUUUUAAUUUACAGAGAGUCUCGUUGUUUACGAUUUUUUUGUUAAUUAUAGCUCAGCAAGCACAUUCUAUUUCCGCCCACAACUUUGAGUAGACAUGUUGUUUUAUGAUUAGACACUUUUGUUCUAAAAAAUAUUUGAGGUCUUAACUUUGAAAAUUGAAGGUAAAAUAAUGCUUGUUUUACUCAUUCACAUUUUUCUUUUUUUUUGGAAAGGGUGUCUUUCUUAAAUAAAAGAUGACGGGAGAUAAUAGCAUAAAUUACAACAUAUCAAAAAUUCAAGAGGUUAGCACCCAGUUCAAUGGUAAAAAAAUGCGUACCAAAUUUUUGUCAUGUGUGUCUCAAAAUGACCUAUUAUCGAUAACGAUUUUUAAUAUUUUUUUUUUUUUUAAAAAGUAAAUAACUUGAUUUACAAUAUUAAUCCAGCUUAUUAAUCCAAAAUAACUCAUACAAAAACAAAUAAUUUCAUAACACAGAUACCUAUUUUAACAACAUAAAUAUAUUUUAAACUUGUUUUGAUGCUUUCAUUGAGGUGUAUUGACUUGAGUAGAGGGUUAAACUGAAUUUAUUAUUAGCCUCAUUAUUAUUAUAAUUAAUAUAUUAAAUAUAACAGUUUAAUAUAUAUACAGGCCUAGAAAAGUAUAGGAUUUUAAGUACUGGUAUAGGCCUAGCUCCACCCCAACUCAUUAUUUGUGUGACACAUUAUUUGUUAUUUGUAAUGAUAUUUUAAUGAAUAUUAUGAUUCUUAAUGACUUAAUGCAUAGAUUAAGCAAAAAUGUAAAAAAAAAAAAAUAGUCGCUUACCUUUUAAUUGAAAAAUCCUAUAUUAAAUCACAUACCACAAUAUUUCAUAAGAGAAUUAUUACAUAAUCCUUGGUAUUCUCGAAGAAAAAACACACUUUCUGCCUUAAUAGUCCAAGAAUUACUUAAGAUAUUAUUAAUAAUAUUAAAGAACAAUCAUAAAAACUUAUACUUACCACAAGCAAAUGACUAGAACUUAUUUUAGUUUGUAUAAACCACCUAAGUUGAUUCUAUCAAUGCAUGUUUAUUUGUGAAACAAGAUUACUAACUUGUAAAAAAUGACAUACUAUUUUUUUGUCAUAUUCAGACAUUCAAAUGAUAUGGGACUAAUAUACAUAUAUAGAAAAUGGUAAAAUAAAAAGUGUAAUUUUAAAUUUUAACUAAAUGAAACAAGUAAUCCCUUUAUUAUUAGUUUAUACUUAUAAAUGUUAAACAAUUCCACAGAAAAUUUGAAAUUUAUAUCUAAAGAAUAUUAUUAUUAUUAUGAUUUUAGGGAAAUUUUUAAAAAAAUAUUUCAACAAAAUUAAUGAAUUAAUUUCAAAUAAGUCACGAGUCAGCAUAUUUAUACAUUUUUUAAAAGGAAAACAUCAAGAUUUUUUUUUUAAUUUUUGCGGAAUAUUAACAAAAACUAACUUAUAUUUUGUGGCUUUAUUUAGAAGUACUCUUAUUUAACUAUGUUUCCUGUAUAUAUUAUAUUUUUGUCUCAUUUUACAAUAAAUUUAUAGGCAUUCAAAAAAAAAGCAAAUUGAUGGUCACGAAAUAUGCCUAACCUGAACCCUAAAUCGAUCCCUAUGCCUAUUCUAAACCCUAAUUCACUGCAACUAUAAUAUGCAAGCAAAUAACGCCGUUGCAUUCGUGCUUUACAUUAGCCGGAUUUAUUUAAAAAUAUUUAAAAUUGUUGUGUUUGUAAGAUAAAAUUUGGUAUCCAAUGAAAGAUAAUUCUGAUAAUUAUUAUUAAUAAUUAAUAGCAUUUAGUCUAAUGUAGGGCAGGGAUUUCAAAAGUCUCACGUGCACCCAGUCUGCGCAUACUGAAAAAUCAUGCAAAACUUGUGAUUAUCUCCUUCUUGUGUGUUUUACGUCACAGUUUUCUAAUCAUAAACUAAUUAACUAAUUUAUCAUCAGUGACAUAGAUGUUACCUUUUAAUGUCUAAUCGUACCAUAUUGAAUUUUAUUGUACCGUUGCUUGAGAAAUUCACAAAGAGGAAUAACUUUAUUUCGUUAAUAAUGGCCAUUUUAAAAAAAAGUUAUGCAUUUAACUCUGUAACUAAAAAUGUUAAUUAGGGUAAAAGGAGGUAAUUGGCUCCAUGGGGUAUUGAGCCCUAAUUGCUCAGGUCAUAUAAUAAAAUGCUUGAUAUUAUUGAAAGAAGAGAGAAAGGCAUUAAACUUUUCUUGAUAGAAACUUACUAACCAAUCAGAGAACUUUUCACAACCAUUCUUGGGUUUCUAACCUAUGGGAUUGGUUUUAAUUUGCCUUUUUAGAUGAGUGCUUUUCCCCUCUAGUUUUCAGCCUUCUUCAAACCCUUUGUAAAACUUCAGCUAAGAGGAUGCUUCUUUAUUUUUACUUGAAAUUUUAUUUCUACAGUGAAAGGUUUUUAGUUUACAUACAAAAACAAGUACAACUAAACUCAGCAAGUACUUUUGUUUAGUUUUUAACUAUAAUAUGUGUAUGUAAUGAAUGAGUUAAAAUACUGAUAUUUGUAGAGCAAAUGAAGCUGGUCGUUUUUGCAAAGUAAAAUGGCAGUUGGAUGAAUGAUUUAGAGAUUUUUUAUAAAAAAGCUAUAAAAUUCACUUUAAUACUAAAGUUCAUUUUAAUAUUUUGAAUAGGAAGAAUUUGUAAAAGAGAUGUGGUUCUGUAGAUUAUUUAUUUAUUUAAUUAUUUUAUAAAAAUGAAUAUUUUAUAUAGCAGGGGCUUAACACCCCCAACUGUUAAAAGAUGAUUAAAACACCCAAAUAAUAUUGAUCAGAUUAAUAAAAUCCGUUUUAAUUCAAAUAACAUUAAACAGAUACAGUCUAAAUUGAAACAAAAGUUAUUAAUUUUUAGAAAUAGGUUUAAAAAAUUUUAAAUAUAGUUUUGAUAAUGAAAUCACAGAAAAAGCUGAUAUUGAAGCCAUGGAAUGGAUCUUUCAGAAUUGCCUAAAACCUAUUUGAAAAUAUAUGCAUUGAACAUGCUGGAGUUAAUUGCCCCCAUUUUGUUAAAUUUAAGUCAUAAUUAGUUUUAACUCUUUACCCUUUUUGUCACUAUAUGGCUUUAAAUUUUGCUCAUUAUAUCUUUUGUACUUCAAGAAAGAUGUGUGGUCUGUUAUUUAAAAACAUUUUAUGUUUGAAUUUAAUGAUAUUUAAUUACUUCAAAGAGAAAAACAAAAAGUUCUUGAAAACAUGGUGCUUAAUGCCCUCCAUUACCCUAUCACCAGUUAUCUCCCCUCUCAAAAAAAAAAUUAGUUGUCUGAAAUGGCUCUUCUCACUAAUUUAAUAUAAAGAUAUAAAAAUAUUUUCAUUAUUGUUCAUCUUUAAAAAUCUGCUUAGCACUAACCAAUUAGUUAAUAGGAAACAGUUUUACAAUAUUAUUAAAUUAGAAGUUAAUACAACCGAAUAAUUUAAGAAGUUUCUAUAAAUUUUAGUUUUUAUAGUCUGUUGAAAUUCUGACAAGUUUUGUCCCUUGAUAAACAUAAAUUAUAUGUACUUCGUUGAGUUCCGGGAAAUGCCAAAAAUCGGGUAACGUGAUUUCGUUGUCAAAAUGGCGACCUCCACUUUUUUUAUUUACAGAGAGUCACGUUGUUUACGACUUUUUAACUAUUUAUAGCCCAGCAUGUAAAUUCUAUUUCCGCCCACAAUUUAGAGUAGACAUGUUGUUUUAUGAUUAGUCACUUAAUUCCCCCAAAAAAUUGUGGGGCUUCACUUUUAAAAUCAAAGGUAAAAAAAAAAGGCUAAUUUAACCCUCAUUCAUAUUUUUGUGUGGAAAGCUUAAAUCGCUUCAUUGUAAGAAGCUUUAUAGAUGAUGGCAUUAGUUACAACAUAUCCAAGGUUAGGCCCACCGGUUUGGUCAUAAAUUCACCCGGAAAUUUUAAUCACGUGUGUCCCAAAAUUACCUAUUAUCGUUAAUGUUUGUUGCUUUGGUAAAUAACCUGUUUUACUCUGGAAAUCCAGCCUAUUAACCAAUAAUAACUCAUUUAAAAAUUUUAAAAAAUUAAUUAAUAACACAAAUAAAUAUUUUUUAAUAUGAUUUGAACCUUUUAUUGAGGGAUAUUAGGUUAAAUAAGGCCAUUAUUACAAUUAAUAGUUAAUUAUUCAUUAUUAGUUUUAUAUACUGGUAUUUAUAAUAUAUAUAUAUAUAUUUAAUAAUAAUAAUAAUAAAUUUCAUUUCAAAAACACGCUUCAUCCCCAAAGGCUCGAAGCGCGGUACAAAGUCAACCAUAUUAAAAAGAGAAAUAAAAACAAUCUAAAAUUUACCACAUUUAAAAACAGACACAACAAUGUAAAGCUACACACGAGCAUACCCAGUCAAAGUCUUUCAUUCCGUUUCAACCAUAAGUAACACAAGCCAAUAUACAUUAACUGAAAAAGAUGGUAGAUCGCAUCACCCCAGAAGGUGUUUGCGAAAUAGAUGUGUUUUUAAAUCAGUUUGAAAGGACUCCAGUGUCUGGCUGUUUCUGAGAGCGACUGGAAGUGCGUUCCAAAUUGUUGGGCCGGCAAAUGCAAAAGUGCGUUUUCCGUAAGUCUCAAGGCGAACACACGGUAUCGAUAUUUUGCCACUUUCGGAUGAGCGGAGCUCUCUAGUAGGUACAUAAGGCGUCAUGAGUGCUUUGAGAUAAGAUGGCGCCAGGUCAUGUAAGCAGCGGUAGCACAAAGUUGCAAUUUUGUACUCUAUGGGAGCGCGGACCGGCAGCCAGUGCAACUCCCUCAGAAGUGUUUUAGCAUGGUCCAAUUUGCUAUGAAUAUAUAGAUGCCUAGAAUAGUAUUACUCCCCCCCCCCCCUAUACUUAUAUGUAAUGAUAUAUUAUUGUGAUUCUUAAGGCAUAAAUUAAGUAAAAAUGUACAAAAAAUAUUCACUUACCUUUGGUAUUGAAAUAUCCUAUAUUUAAUCGCAUGUCACACUAUUCCAAAAUAGAAUUAUUAUAUAAUCCUCAGUAUUCUCAAAGAAAAAACACAGGGGUGAAUUUAGCUAUUAUUUACCUUCAAUUUUCAAAGUCUAACCAUCACUUUUUUUCUAAAAGAAAAGUGUCAAAUGAACAACAAACAUGUCUGCUUUAAGUUGAGGGCGGAAUUAGAAUUAACUAACAAAACUAACUUUAGCAAAAACAAUUCCAAACAAUACUACCCUCUGUAAAUUAAAAAGUGGAGGUCGCCAUUUUGACAACGAAAUUACGAUACCCGUUUUUCAGGUAUUUCCGGGGCAUACCGAGGUCCCUAUCUAUUAUUACUUAUUUAAGAUAUUUUUUUUAAAAAUUUAUGAGACAUUUAAUCAUUUUAUUAUAAAUGAAAGACAUCAAAUAAAGACAUGAGAUUUCAAAAUCAUCAUAGUAAUUUUUUUUAGGACAUACUGAUCAUACAAAAUUUACAAAAACAGAUUACUUUCAGCUCCUAGACAAAUAUUUAAUAUUUCUAAUAAAAUAAAAGUAACAGAAAUUAGUUUUAUUAAACAAAACUCUUGAAUAAUGUUAAAAAGUUGAAAGAAAUUGUGUAGAUUCAGUAAAUCAUUAUGUUAUUUCUACGUUUCUAAAUUUUAGACACGAAAAUUUUUAACUUUUUUGUUUAUAAAUAAAGAACUUUUUGGAAUUCCUUCCAUGGACAAAAAGACACAUUUUUACAUAGAUUGCAAGAAGUCUGAAGAGCAGUCAAAAAAGAAAAUGACAGAACAUCCCCAUUACUGUACCUUUUAAAAUUUAAUGGCACUGUUACUGGUAUGCUUGUAUUAGUCUUAUUAUCUUAUACUAUAAGUUAUAGGCUAUUGGUGAUAUUAGUAGUUUUUAUUGAUAAUCUCGUGCAUUGAAUAUUAAAAAGACUUCUACUUACCUUUUAUAAAUAUAAGAAUUGAUUUAAAAUUUAACCAAAGCAUAUAAUUCAUAUAAAUACAAUAAACAUUUUUUUCCCUUUAAAAAUUUUUUUUUUCUCCAAUUUUUCUGUUCAUGUUUUUUUUAAAAUGCCUUCAAAUAAAAUGAUCCAAAGUAGUUGAUGUUAUGUAAAGGUUUAGUUUUUUAAUGUGUUGCAUGCAGCAUAUUGCAAUGAGCAUGUCUCCUGAAAAUCUGGUAGCAUUAUCUUUUUAAAUAAAAAAAAAGUAGUGGGCAAAAUAAGGCAGACAUUUGUAAAUUCAGUCUUUAAAUACAAAGAUAAAGGAAGGGGUUUAAAAAAUUCACCAAAAAAUUUCAUAACUUAUUUCUGUAAAAGAUAGAAAGAUGAAAUUGGUAUUUUUGCAAAGCUUAUAACUAGGCCUUUAAAAUUAUGUAUCAUUUAUGGCAAUAGGACAAUAAUUAAAAUUUCUCUCAAAAUACCUAGUCUAAUGGGAACCAGGUCCAAAUAGCGGUGAUGUGUGUCACGCAUGCAGGUCCAUUUUGAUUAAAUGCUAUUCGGAUGUUAUUUGUGAUUGUGGUAGUUUAUUUUAGUUAGACUAAAGAAUUAAGUUUACAAACAUAUAGUCCAUUCAAUUAUCUUUCAUUCGUACCAAAUUUUAUCUUAAAAACCCAACAAUAACAUUUUAAAUAUUUUUAAUCCCAACCUCUCACUUCUGGUAGCAGGGUCCCAAUAGCCACUUUUUUAUUAAAAAAUAUUAUUGUAGGGUUUGUAGCAUUUAUUCCUAAUAUAUAGUCUACUCUAUAUAAGGCAUUAUAAGGUAAUGCAUCCCCUUAUUACUAAAACUAAAAUACCAGUAUGGAAUUGGGACUACUUAUUUUUUACUUUCAACUUUGGCACUUGACUAAUUAAAAACUUUCCCUGGCCGAUGGUUUAAUAGUUUUUGGAAAACUCUUAUGAAUGAUACUCUUAAAUAGCACUAAGGUAUAGAUGCAAGUGGCUGAUAUGAGUGAUACUCUUAGAUAGUACUAAGGUAUAGCCAUAUAGCAAGUGGCUGUAAAUAGUGGCCCAUGUCAACGUUUGUCACACAGAAAAUUGUGAUAAUUUAUAAUAUGGACUUUAGCAGGCUCAAAUAAAAAUAUUCCAGUUUAAAUGUCUUCAAAAUUUAUUCUGAAACACGAGUUAACAAAUAUUUUGAUUUAUAUAAUGGUAAUAAUUGAAUUUUUCCUAAACUAAGUAUCAGUUCUUUCUGCCAUUUAGGGGAGGGGGAGGGGGUGUCACAAUCCAAAAUGCAUAAUGAAGUCUACAGUGAGGAGAAUUGUGAAAAUGUUUCAUGAGCUGGCGCAUUGAAAUUUUGCACACAUAUAACUCACUAUAUUUUGCUAACAUGAUUUAGUAUGAAAGACAUCCUUUUAAAAUUUAAAUUUCUAUACUGACAGGUGCCUUAUAUUGACAUAGGAUAUACCGCAAUUAAAGAUGAUACCGGUAUAAAGAACAAUAAAACUCAAUGGGAAUGUAGGCCAAGAUGUUUUCUAAUGUGAAAAGGCAGAGUCAUACCUUAAUAAUGGGUCAAAUGGACUCACAUUUUAUUAAAAUUACACUCACAUUAAAAAAAAAAAACUCUGAUUCUAUUGCGCCUGUUUCUGAUAGAAAUACGUAGUAGUCUCCCUUGUGUUAUCUUCCACUUAUUAUACUACUUUUAACUCGUAUAGUAAAUGAUCACUGGGGGAUGUGCCUGGGCAUUAAUCAUGGUGCUCAGCUAUCACUAACUAACAAUGGCCUGUACCACUUUGUCCUGAAGUGGUCUGCCAGCCAGUUCUUUUUUCCCUUUCCCAAAUAAGUUAUUGGUACUUCUGGCUGAGGCCAGGCAGCCCCUGUCUUUGUCAGAGUGUUCGCUUUCUCAUUGCCACUGACGUUGACGUGACCUGGGAUCCAUUGCACUGUCACCUGGCCUCCUAGGUGAGUGGUGCCUGAUCUCUUUCCCAAGAUGUCGAGAGCAGAUCUUGAGUCGGAGUAGACGAUCACAUCGAGCCCCACAAGCUCCAUCCCUUUCAGCAUGUGAUACACUCUCUCCAAGGCCCUGUGUAUAGCGUUAAGCUCCGCAUCAAAAUUUGAUGCUGCCGUCCCACAGGGCCCCAAGAGUUCUUCAUUUGGUGAUCCCCCUACAGGGUACAGUAUGAGCGCACCAUACCCAGCAGUUCUUUCUCUCAGAUUGGCAGAGCCGUCUGUGAACACUUUCACUCAGUCUCUGGUAUGUUGGAAAACAUACCCAUAGUCUUAAGGGCAGCCGCUUUCUGAAAAUGUUCAUUCAGGGCUGCACUUCAUCACUGCUGCAUCGGUCUAGGCCAAAUGUAUGGAAGGACGUGAGGUUUCGGCGUAUGGUGGAUUGACUUGGAUUAGGUUCAGACAUUCUCUAUUGCGAGGCAGGUCAACUGUCCUCUCAAGAUCCACCACCUGGUGCAUGUAUGAAGAUCUAUUUAGCCACCCAGUUGUUCUACAUUUGAAAUGACGGUUCCUUCUUGUUCAGCCGUCGGUACCUCUCUUCGGUACUUAGUUUAGCUUUUUCCCUCCUUAUAUCUAACGGUUCUUCAUUGGCCAAGACCUCUACAGCAGCUGUGGGUGUGGUCCUGAAUGCGUCACAGAUGAAUCUCAUAGCCUGAUUCUGGAUUCGACCCAACUUUUCCAAUGCGGUCUUGCUUCCAAAGGAUUGGACUGGCAUGCUGGCAAUUACUCCCAACUUUUGCAACUUCAACAAUAGACCGGAUCUCCAGACCCAGCCAUAGGCCUGUCGGAGGUAAAAGAAUACAGCCACUGUUUGCAACUUUUUCUGAGGCCCAUCUGUUAAUGGACUGGAGAAGACGGAGCAUUUGAUCUCAUGCUGCAUUCCCUUGCGGAAGUCCGCUUGUAUUGGACUGAGACUCCCGGUACUCUCCAGGUACUAUUUAGAGUCUCUGGUUAACCAUUCUCUUGGCUACCUUCCCUAAACACCAUGUAGGGAGAUUGGACAGUAGCCGGUCAGUUGAUCAAAUUUCUUCCCUUCUCUGGGAAUAGUGAGGAGGGUAGCGCUAAGCCAAGCUCUGGGUAGGAUUCCAGUUACCCAAGAUCUUUAAUGAUUGACAAUAGCUGUGUCCUAGCUUUCGGGCCAAGAUUUGUUAUCAUUUUGUUGCUAAUCUUGUCCGGACUUGGUGGCGUUGCACUUGUCGAUGGCGGUUUGCAUAGUGAAAGGUGCACGAGCAGCAGCCGUCUUCAACUUUCAGGCUUUGGUCCAUGCUUUCUUCUGUUCACGAACCAUCUCUGCCAACCUCUUAUUCCAAAAAAGGGGCGGAACUUACGGUUUCCGUUGGUUCCAGGGAUAAUUUUCUUUGCCAGUGUGAGAAUACCACUAAGGAAAUUGCUGUAUGCAGUAUAGAGUAUACCAGUAACACUGCAGAUAGAAUCUAUAUGGAGAACAAAUUAAUAAAUAGAUUUGGUACAUUGUCUCCAUAUGGAUUGAACCAAAUCCACAAUUUUACUUAGCUGCCAUGUCUUUUUCCUGUUUGGUUUUUACAAUUAUGUUAAAAUCACUUCCUUUCUACUACUCUUUAUUUUGUUUUUGUCUGGUUUUAGCGCCCUCUCCUAUAUUUUUUCUGUUUUAGGUAGGAUAUGUAUAUUGAUAUAAUGUAAAUUUAAUUUAUACUUACUUAAAUGUGUUUUGUUUGUUUGUACUGAUGAAGGCAUGUGCCGAAACGUUUAAUUUUGUUUAGUGUAUAAUUAUUAUUAAAGCGUAACUUAUAUUGUUCUAUUGACACAAUUUGUUUGUGUCUUAUUAAUCUAUUUUAAGCUUUAUCGCAGUCCAACACUUUUUAUAAUUAGUUUGCUAAUGUACAGAGUGGGUACCGCUUGUUUUAGUUCAAUUAAGUCAUGAUUAUAAACAAGCUUAAAUUGAACGAUGAAAAGACCGAGCUGAUCCCCAUUGCUACCGCUCAAAAGCUAAAAUAUAUAACUAACACACAAACCCUUACUCUCUCAGGUAUGCAGAUAGAGUUUGCUCAAACAGUGCGAAACCUGGGUGUCUACUUAAACAGAACACUAACUAUGGAAAAUCACAUUAACAUGCUUUGCAAGGUGAUUUUUCUAGAGCUGCGCAGAAUUAAUCAUAUCAGAUCUUUCUUAACAUUAGGCGCAUUGAUGAGGCUGAUGUCUGCAUUCGUGCAUCGCGCAUGGACUAUUGCAAUGCUCUUAUGGUGGGUCUCCCAACUACGCUCCUGGAUAAAAUUAAAAAAGCACAGAAUAAUGCGGCUCGCAUUGUUCUUUACAAAUGCAAAUUGGACCAUGCUAAAACAUUUCUGAGAGAGUUGCAUUGGCUGCCGGUCCGCGCUCGCAUAGAGUACAAAAUUGCAACUCUGUUCUACCGCUGCUUGCAUGACCUGGCACCAUCCUAUCUCAAAGCGCUGAUAAUAGCAAACUCUCGAUACCACGUGUUCGCCUUGAGACUUCUGAGGGGUGUACUUUCGCAUUUGCUGGCCCAUCAAUUUGGAACACUCUUCCUAUCAGCUGAGUUAGAGGAUGAUUCAUGAUUGUGUGAUUGUAAAUGAGGCGUGCUUCCAUUUUGUCAUUCGGUUUCCACUUGCUGAGAUUCAUCCAUUACUUGACAUCACCUAUGCAAUCCUGCAAGGUUAAACCUUUUCUCUGCCCCCUCCUCGAUACGACCAAUCUUCCUUCCCAUUUUGUCUGUACCCUGUAUUUAAAUUUAAUCUCUCACCUACAAAUUUAAAUCAGAGAGCUGACUUAAAAUAGAUUGUUCAUUGCAUUAAAACAAUCAAUGUUAUUAUUCUAUUCCUUUUUAUAUUUUUUUGGCAGGGAAGGGGUACAGUUUUGUUCAAAUUCAAAGAGGGUUCUCUAUUCAUAGUAGCGAUCAAAGGCUACUUUCUAAGUCCUCGAGGGCGACAUACUUACGUUUGAUUUAUUUCUUGACCUUGUUUAUUAUCAUAAUAAUGGUUUACCCUUACUCUCUGUACCGGUACCAGUUCAUUAACUUAAAUAUUAGCUCUGUAAAUGCUAUACUGUUGCAGUUACGGAAGAGUUACUAUUGAUAUGACAUAACCAACUCUUCUAAUGUUUUAAUAAGGAUUAAUUAUUAUAUAUUAUAUUAUAAAAUACCUAAAAUACAUAAUUAAAAUAAUUAUCCGUACAGAUACUAGAUACUCAGGGAUUUGAGCUACUACUACUAGAGUCUAAUUAUUGUAUUUGUGUCAGUAAAAAUAAUUAUUUAUUUUGGUAUUAAUAGUAUUAUAGCUGAUUUCAACACAAAUUGCCUUUUUUCUCCAUAGACUUCUUAAAAUGAGUCGUCGACAGACACCAAGUGAAUUUCUUAAUCAAAUUCGGGGACGUCCAGUUGUUGUGAAACUGAACUCUGGAGUUGAUUACAGAGGUAAUUUAUAAUAAAAAGUAAAAACUAAUCUUUUUCAUGCACAGACUUAUAAGUGCUAUUAUUAUGUACAGAGAAAUUAAGGAGCAUACAUUUCCUGUAUAGCUGCUUCAUUCAGACAUUGCUCAAUCAUAAAUUUGAGUUUUUAAAAUGAUGCUAAUGAAAAUAUUUCCUUAGUGCCACACUUACUCAUAGGACCUGCAAAUUAUUACCCAGUAUCAUAGCCAUAGUCUCAGGCUUAAGGGCAUUUGCACAAAUGGCUACUGGCUCACGAUGAAGAUAAAUAGCCACACUUUCCAUAAAGUGUGUGUACCGACCAGUACAUACAUUUUUUGGUGGUGCUAAAUGGUUUACAAAAUAUUUUAUACAUUUUUUUAUAUGCUUAUUAACUAUUAAUAAUAAUUAUUUACAAAUAAUAAUAUGGAUCACAUUCAGAACCAGGAAAUGAGACAUGUUUGGUGCCAUACCAAUCAGCCAGUAUAUGGCCCAACAGCCAACACCAAAUAAAUUUGUUGGACCACCUGGGGAGAAAGCCUGUCAUUCAACAUGUAUGGGUAUUGGAAGCCUAAACUAGCAGUAAUAGCAGGAACUUAAAUUUCAGGGCCAGAGGAAUACCAUGCUAGUGGUUAAUUUAAAAUGUCAAGGACACCCUCAAAGUCCUCAACAUGAAUCUGCACCAUGUGUGAGGCAGAUCACUAUCUGUACCUCCUCCUCCAAAUCUAAAAAUAUAAAUAAUACAUAUGUAGUUCAACUUUAAAUUAUAUUUUUUCAAAUUUUAGGAGUGUUAUCCUGCCUGGAUGGCUACAUGAAUAUUGCAUUGGAACAAACUGAAGAGUAUGUUAAUGGCCAGCUGAAAAACAAAUAUGGUGAUGCAUUUAUUCGUGGAAAUAAUGGUAAAUGUUAUAUAAAUAUUUCUCAUAGUCUUAGCCAUUGUUUUUAA